AUGAGCGCCAGCACGGCGAAGUCGGUUGAUGAUUUCAGCCUGGACUCGGAUGACGACAACCACGGCUUCAACAAGAAGAAGCCCAAUUGCCACAAAUACAAGAACUGCACCGACGUCGUCCACUCGCCGCCCCCCAAGCCGCUCCCUUGCCCGACCCCCUUUGUCACCUUCAUCGGCGUGAUCCCCCGUAAGAGCAAGCACGCGUGCAACGGCAAGAAGUGCGACGCAGAGAAUCGCAAGUUCCCGCUCAAGGCAAGCGCCGGCGCCGCCGAGUUCAACGCCAAGGACAUGAUGGAGUACUCCGCCCUGGUGCGGCAGCAGGCCCUGGCCGCGGGCGGCACCACCGUGCAGGUGGCCAUCAAGGGCGUGGAGGACCGCCCCUCCACCCUCUCCCUGCGCGGCAUCAACAUCCUCACCGAGGUCCGCUUCCCGGGGCCCGUGUGCCAGCAGUCGGCGGCUGCCGCCUUUGCCUUCUUCCUCAACAUGAACCAGGCCUGGAUCAAAGAGGUGUACGGCCCCAGCGCCGCCGUCAUCGACGUCGAGCUCGGGUGCGCGCCGCAGCUGGCCCUGACAGCGGGCAGCGUGGCUGCCACGCUGGCACCGGUAGAGGAUGAUGACGAUUAUGACGCCACAGAGGCAGCCCGCAAGAAGGCGGAGGAGGAGGCAGCCAAGAAGAAGGCGGAGCUGGAGGCCGCCGCCAAGAAGCAGGCUGAGGAGGCGGCGAAGAAGGCCGAACUGGAGAAGAAGGCAGCAGAGGCUGCCGCGGCGGCAGCUGCUGCAAAGAAGAAGGCAGAGGAAGAGGCGGCGAAGAAGGCAGCAGAGGCCGCUGCCGACGCGGCCAAGAAAGCGGCAGAGGAGGCUGCCGCCGCCGCCAAGAAGGCUGCCGAAGAGGCCGCGGCCGCCAAGAAGGCUGCCAAGGCCGCCGCUGCCAAGAAGGCUGAGGAGGAGGCAAAGCUCAAGGCUGAGGAGCUGAAGAAGGCAGCUGAAGUGAAGAAGGCUGCUGAGGAGGCCAAGAAGGCGGCUGAGGCGGCCAAACGCAAGGCUGAGGAGGAGGCUGCAAAGAAGAAGGCUGCGGAGGAGGCAGCCAAGAAGAAGGCCGAGGAGGAGGCAGCCAAGAAGAAGGCCGAACAAGAAGCGGCAGCAAAGAAGAAAGCCGAGGAGGCCAAGAAGAAUGGCAAGAACACCACCGCUGUCAAGACGCCAGUUAAGCCCACAAAGAAGCCCCAGAAGACCGUCAAGCCAAAGCAGACGGUCACGCCAAAGACCACACCCGUCGCCACCACCACAGCCACGGCUGCCACCCAGCCGCAGAGCGCACUUGGGCGGCGCAUGGGCAAGAAGUAG